CGGGUACUUGGGAGAGUUUGAAUUUAUCCAGAAAUCAAUUAUCAGGACAACUUUCAGAGAAAAUGGGCCAGCUCAGGUGGUUGGAAGUUCUUGAUUUAUCAGUGAAUAAUCUUUCAGGUGUUAUUCCUCCAACAAUGACCAACUUAACAUCAUUGAAUCAUCUGAAUUUAUCGUACAACAAUUUCUAUGGUGAAAUUCCAUACGGUGGUCAACUUCAAGCACUUCCAGAUCCAUCUAUUUAUUCUGGAAAUCAAGGUCUAUGUGGUUUUCCAUUAGAUAAAAAGUGUGAGAUUACAACACCAGCACAACCACCCUCAUUGCCAAACAAUGAAGAUGAUGACAACAACUUGGAGACCAUAUGGUUUUAUUUGAGCAUGUCACUGGGAUUCAUAUUUGGGUUUUGGGCAAUUUCUGGUGCAUUGAUUCUGAAAAAGUGGUGGAGGUAUGCCUAUUUUCGAUUUAUUGAUCAUAUUUAUGAUAAGAUUUAUGUUAUUGUUGCUGUAAAUGUAAAAAAAAUGAAGAGAAAAGGUGGCCUUGCUAGUGAAUAGUGUUACCUUUUCUUCUUGGAGGCCAAAAUAAAAGAUUACAAUCCAUAUAAGUAUAGCAAGAGCAAUAAUUGGUGGUACGAGGUUAUCUAGAGUCCGACAUUUUACUGCCUACUUGUAUUAAUUAUAUGCAUAAAAUGUCAUGAGAACUCUUUUGAGAAUGUAAUUUUAAUUUGUUAUGAAAUGUUUUCCAGUGUAUUUAUUUAUUCUCUUAUGUUAAUGUUAGUGCUAAUAGAGCAUAUU